CAAAACAUUGUCGGCAUGCGGGAAAGCAAACCAGCAACGCUAACUGUUCAUGUGAAGCCAUUCAUGAGCAAAGAGCCGAACGACGUGACGGUGCUUGCCGACCACAACGUGGAGUUUGAGUGUCGCGUAGGCGGCGACCCGACGCCCAAGAUCCUGUGGCGUCGUGACUCGGGCAAGAUGCCGAUCGGUCGCGCUCACAUCCUCGACGACAAGUCGCUGCGAAUCGAGCAUGUCACCCCCGAGGACGAGGGUCUCUACAUCUGCGAUGCUGAGAAUGUCGUCGGAAGUGUCUCUGCCAGGGCGUCGCUCACUGUUCACUCUCCACCGGUGUUCGUGGUGAGACCGCAAGAUCACAAGGUGGGCCUGAACGGCAUAGCCAAGUUCGACUGCGUGGCAGAGGGCAACCCCCCACCCAGUGUCUUCUGGAGCAAAGAGGGCAGUCAGGUGCUCAUGUUUCCUGGCAACUCGUACGGCCACCUCCAUGUCACACUGGAAGGAUCACUGCACAUACAGGGCGUGCAGAGAGAGGAUGCCGGCUUCCUAGUCUGCUCUGCGCUCAGUGUAGCUGGCUCCACCACUGUUCGGGCCUUUCUCCAGGUAACUUCAGUUGACGAUGUUCCACCUCCGAUUGUUGAAAUUGGUCCUGCCAAUCAGACACUUCCUCUGCAGUCAGUGGCCAACCUGCCAUGCCAGGCUCGCGGCUCACCGCCUCCCAGGAUAAAGUGGUACAAGAAUGGCAGCCUCCUCAACCCGGACAUGCCAAGGUUCACAAUCAAGUCAACUGGCACUCUUCACAUAGACGACUUGCGAAUGGAAGACUCAGGCCUGUACACAUGCACAGCGUCGUCGGAGAGCGGUGAAACGUCUUGGUCGGCGUCGCUGAGCGUGGAGAAGACGCCGGGUUCACACCUGCACCGCAGCCCCGACCCGUCCACGUUUCCGUCGGCGCCGGGCACGCCCCGCAUCGUCAACACGACGCAGUCCAGUGUGACCGUGGCCUGGACGACGGGCGACAACCGCAGCCCUCUCAUUGGCUACACUGUUGAGUACUUCAGCUCCGAUCUGCAGACCGGUUGGGUGGUCGCUGCGCAUCGCGUCAACGCUGAAAUCAUUACUAUAAACGACCUGAAGCCGGAUACGUCGUACAUGUUCUUGGUGCGCGCGGAGAACGCACACGGCCUGUCUGUGCCGAGCGCGGUGUCAACGGAGGCCCGCACACUUGGCCCGGGUCCGGGCGCACGUCACGUGCCUCAGCACACACUCGACGAGGCACGAGUGCGCCUCAGCACCAAGGUUGUCUCACUUGAACAGCUUGUGCCCAAUGGGUCCACCUCGGUGCGCUUGACUUGGCUGAUACUGUCAGCGGAAGAAUUUGUGGAAGGGGUUUACGUGAGGUUCAGAGAUCUGUCUGGAGGCUCUCAAAAGUACAACAUGGUCACAGUUCUCAACGCUGGAGCAACUAGUUACACCGUCACCAACUUGAGAAAAUUCACCAAGUAUGAGUUCUUCCUGGUGCCAUUUUUCAAAUCGGUCGAAGGUCAACCGUCCAACUCCAAGAUUGUACAAACACUCGAAGAUGUUCCUUCAGCUGCUCCCGACGGCGUUGAAAUGGGAACUAUCAACUCAACAGCAGCUUAUGUCAGGUGGUAUCCACCAUCUCCUCAGCAUUAUAACGGCAUUCUACUGGGGUACAAGAUUCAAAUCCGUGGCAACAACAGCCGCAUCCUGGCGCAGAUGUCGCUGAACGCUUCGACAACAUCGGUCCUCCUGAACAACGUGACGGUAGGUGGGGUUUACACGGCGCAAGUGGCCGCGUUCACACGGGCUGGCGUCGGUCCAUAUUCGGGCGCCGUGCCUCUGGCCUUGGAGCGACCCCGUUUACACACGCAGGCCACAGCUGAGGCCACAGAGCAGACGUGGCACAUUCUGCUGCUGGCCUUCCUCCUCCUUUUCGUCUUCCUCGCCUUCUGCUCCACGCUCUACCUGCGCAAACGGCAUGCGCUGUCCAAGCAGCUCGGCCAUCUUGAUGUGCCGGUCGUGAACGGCAGUGACCUGUGUCAGCUGAACCUGUUGCACAUGGGAGGGGUGGGGGGCGGUGUGGCAAAGGAGACGCUGUGGAUCGACCGCGGCUGGGGCGUCGGGACGGUCGGCAGCGACAAGGACACCGAAACCAAGCUGCUGGCGCCGCCUGGCGUCGAAAGCGCAGACUACGCCGAGGUCACCAACACCCGGAACCUGUCCACCUUCCACAAUGCACGCAAAGACUGCCAGCCCACGCCCUAUGCCACCACAACGCUCAUCAACCCCAACAAUAGGACUGAAGAUAGUGGAUCACCAUUUAUUACUCAAAGUUUGGAUUCAUCGUCAGAAGCUAAAACAAAUUCAACUGAAUCGAAUUCAAGACAAGAUAACAUGACACCAGAUCCAGGUGAACAUGAUCAGUUUAUGUACCUGAAUAAAACGGCUGGACAUAAUGUUCAGUGGACUGAUUUUAUGACUAGUCCUCCACAGCAGUCAGUCUCACAUGCUAUGGACAGUAAUAGGUUAUUUGCACAGCAGAACGGAGUGCUAAGCGCUAGUCCGCAACUGUCGAAGCGUUCGGGUGCUGGCGGCGGGUAUUCGUCGAGAGAGGGCACCCCGGGCCCAGGCCCCCCUGUGCCCCCCGUCCGGAGUGGCAGCACCCACUACUCCCCCCUGCCCCCCUCCGACAGCAUGCACCCUCACCGGCAUCAUCACCAUCAUCACUUACCCCCCACCCAUCAUCCACCACCUCUACCACACUUUACCAAGAACUGUAAAGGUAAUGCGUGCAAUAGCUGCGGCAGUGGGAGCUCGUCAGUGUCUAGUUAUACUUAUCAAUUUCCUGAAUCUCAGUCUUCAAAACUGCCAUCAAAUUAUAGUCCCAGAAUAUGUAAUCAAUUAUCAUCACAACAAGACGAUUACAGUAUGAGUGGCAGUGGCACAGUAAUAGAAAGAGGAAUACAGUCUACAUUGUCGAGUAUCGCCAGUGAUUCAAGAACAAAUACAGGAGACUGGAAAAAAUCAGUGGACGACGAUGGAACAAGCUGUAGCAGUUCUCACACGUGUUGUUCGUGCAGCGAGUCAUCAUGCGUCUAUUCCGAGCCAGCCCGUGUUCCCAUGCCUCAUAUCCACAACUAAUAGUAGGCUACCAUAUUAUAAGACCUGCCACUACAAAGAUAAAUACACCUGCCAUUAAGUAUAUUAGCCUGCGAUAUCAGUAAUUUCCCACCACAAUGUUGUCAUUAUAACGAGUUUAAUGAUGGAUGCUCUUCUCAGUGGACUGAGGCAUUUAUAAAAAAGCAUGCCUUUUUUGAGGUUGAGAUGUGAGAUCUCAGCGUACAAGACACAAUUUAACUCAGCAGAGGUUGGGAGCAUCUAGUCCUGAUCAAGUGAUUGAGGUUUUUUGAUAUUGUACAUUGAUUUAUUUUGUACUUAAAAAAUAUGACUGAAAUCUGCUAUAGCUCAGCCAGAUAAGGAGCUUCUAACUGUGGCCAGAACAGUUGUCGGCUUUAGUCCCGUUGAGAGCUAGGCUGUUUCAUCACUUCAUCAUCUCAUCUCAUUACCCACGCACAAGUGAAAACUUAUGUGAACAUCAUUCAAUAGUAAAGUGUUAUCCUCUGCAUUGCUAAUGAAGCGCAAAAAGAGGACACUGGAGUGAAUUCUCAAGCUAUGUUCAUAACUAAAUCAUUUCUAUCAUGCCAAUACUUGGGAGUAUUCUAUUUUUUUGUUUUUGGCAGUUCAAAAUUUAAUAAAGUUUGUAAAAGCCAGUAAUUUUGUAAGAUAAGAGUAGUUGUUAUGGAGCAUGACCUAUUAUUUACAGCUAGGCCUAUCAAUUUUAUAGAUUUUCCAGCAAGGUAUUCUUAAUUCGAGAUAAUUUAGGUACAGAAUGGUUUUUAUAAAUUUCGUUCCAAAUCAAUUUCCAGAUAAGUGUACAACACAUUUAAAUCUCCCCAGUCGCUAGUCUUUUGAGCUAUUUAUUCUUCACAGAAACAAAUAUCAGGCUUUUAUUAACAGAUUCUCUCAAAAUAUUGAGACUGAUAUUGAAGUGAUGAGGUAUUGCAUAUCUGUUGAUUGAAUUUCACUACCUAUAAUGGAAAUAUCAAGACUUAAUUGGAUCGUUUCAUUUGGAAAAUAUCGGAACUGCCUAUAAUAAUUAGUUACUCUAUAUAAUUAGUAGCCUACAUAUUGUACAAUAAAUUAUUGUUGAUCUCGGAUAUUUUAAACGCGUUUAUUGGAGCCUCAAGAAUUUUUCCCAUUCAAGGGCUUUUUAUCAAAAGGAUUUAGUUUUGAUAAGUUCAUUGCGUUUUUUUUAUAAUUUUGCUCCCAUUGUUUUGAUAACAACAAUUAUAGAACAUUAUAGAGCUGUAUAAAAUCGAUUGUUGCAUUCAACAGAAAAGGCUUGAUACCUAGUCCUGUAUAGUGUAUGUAUAGAGUUGGGUAUUCUCAAUGCCAGUAAUUUCAAAAAUGCCUAUUUGAUGCUUAAGAGGCUGAGUGAAAAACUAUAGGCCUUCAUCCAUGCUCAUUAAUCAACUCUAAUUGUAUUGGAACUUAUUUCAAUACAAAAGGGAAUUAAUGCUGAAAUUAAAGUAAAGUUCGUUCUUUCUUCAAUUUUGAAAUUCUGAAUUAGGUAGGUACCGGUACCCAAAAACAUAUCCACAUCCCAUUCUUACUAUUUGUGUCUCUCUGUAGUAUCUACAAAAUUAGCUGAAAUGCUGACUGAAAAAUUUAUAAAUUCGUCAUGAUUGUGACAAUAAGAUUUUUUUUACCAAUUUCAUACUUGGUAAAGAAUUUAAAGACAUUAGCUCAAUUGAGUGUCUAAUUCAUUAGAAAAUUGUUCCAUCAAGUAUGGAAAGUCUAUUUCAUUUUCUAUAGCAAUGCAUAAUUAUUGUUAAAAAAAGUUAUAAAAGUUAAUUAGUCCACGUUGUUUAGAAGGUAUGCAAAUCUAAUAAUUAUUAGAUAUGUCUGGUUUCUAUACUACCCUGGCCAUAAUACGAAUAAUGAUGAUAUUUAUGAACUACUCGAGUACGGGUACCAAGUUUCUUUUGGUUUCUUUCAAUGGAGUAUCUCACUGUUUUCUAUAUUAAGAAAUUUUGUAAAAGCUAUUUAGUUGUAAUGAAAUAAUUGUGAUUGCUCUUUUAAGAACAUGUCUCACCCUUUUCCAAAUUUAUAUACUUUUUGUUUGAUCAUUGAUACUUAGGACGAAUUAGUACGACCCUUCUGAAAUAUUGUGUAUUUUGUUAAGAAGAUCUAUAUUAUCACAAAUGUAAUACUGUACGGUAUUUAAUAUUCUAUAUCUAGCAAUCAUCAAUUCCUCCGCUACCUACUUAUUAUAUAAUAAAAACCUUUACUACGUUAAUUUUUUUUAAAAUUUCGACAAGAAAUUUGAUAAAUGUAUAUUUGUUGAUUUUGUGAUACUAGCAAACUGUUGAAUAUUGUAUUAUAAUAAUGAUAGAGAACUAACAGUGUAGAGUUUGUAAAUUUAUACCAUAUUAUUAAGUGUUUGUGUAUGUGUGUGACUUAUUGAAGAAACUAUUAUUUAUACCAUGUACAGUAUGACGCUCUAACAAUCUCUAUUUAUAUAGUUGUACAUUAUGUAAAUGCACAUUUUGUAAGAAAUAAAUAAUACUUGUAGCUCAUA